CUUUGCUUAUUUUCUGCGCAAGAUGUUAUCCACGAUUUGGUUACAUGCAGGGUCGUGAUGCAAACAAGACCGCAUGAAAAUAAUGAAACUAUUGUGUAGGUUUCUUUUGGAUAAAAAGACCCCUGUCUCUCUCCGCCUACAAUGCGGAGACCUGGCGAUACUGACGCCGUCCCCAUAGGUCGUGUGUAGCGGAUAUUUUAUGGAUGGUGGGACGAGGGAGAGGUUGUGAGGCUGGAGUGUCGGGACAUCGGCUGAGCUGGGGAGAAGAGGAGCGUUAGCAAGCUAGCUUUUGAGACUGUAACAGCUAUAACGGAACGGUGGCUUCUGGACAGCGGCUUGGACAUCAUCAUGGCUACAAAUGGUAACAACAACCCAACGCCUGGGAUGGGAGACAUCAUACAGCUGAACGUCGGUGGGACGAGGUUCAGUACCUCCAGACAGACUCUGAUGUGGAUCCCAGACUCUUUCUUCUCAAGUUUGCUGAGUGGAAGGAUAUCCACUCUUCGGGAUGAAACUGGAGCUAUAUUCAUCGACAGGGACCCGACAGCUUUUGCACCAAUUUUGAAUUUUCUCAGAACCAAAGAGUUAGACCUAAGGGGUGUCAACAUCAGUGUCCUGCGACAUGAGGCAGAGUUUUACGGGAUAACUCCUUUAGUGCGGCGUCUGCUGCUGUGUGAGGAACUAGACCGCUCAUCGUGUGGCAGCGUUCUCUUCCACGGUUACCUGCCGCCUCCAGCGAUCCCUGCUCACAAGUCAAGCCCUACUCUAGUGGCCUCGUCUGAUGAGCGCCCAGGUCCCAGUGGAGCCGAAGGCUUCAACCGUGUUGGUCCACCUCCUCACCCUUCCCUCUCACCUCCAACAGAUGACAAUAACAAGCUGGGCCCAGUGGUUGACCCAAGGAAGGUGCUGAUCAUAGCUGGACACCACAAUUGGAUUGUAGCAGCCUAUGCACACUUUGUUAUCUGCUACAGGAUAAAGGAAUCUUCUGGAUGGCAGCAGGUAUUUUCUUCUCCCUACCUUGACUGGACCAUUGAACGCAUCGCACUCAAUGCCAAGGUGGUGGGCGGCCCGCAUGGAGACAAGGACAAGAUGGUGGCUGCCGCAUCUGAAAGCAGCAUCAUCCUCUGGAGCAUCCAAGAUGGAGGCAGCGGCAAUGAGAUAGGUGUGUUCAGUCUUGGCGUACCUGUAGAUGAUCUCUUCUUCAUUGGAAACCAGCUAGUGGCUACAAGCCACACGGGAAAGGUUGGGGUGUGGAAUGCUGUCACACAACACUGGCAGGUUCAAGAUGUGGUUCCUAUUACCAGUUGUGACACAGCAGGAUCCUUCCUUCUACUAGGCUGCAACAAUGGCUCCAUCUACUACAUAGACAUGCAAAAGUUUCCUCUAAGGAUGAAGGAUAAUGACCUUCUGGUGACAGAACUUUAUCAUGACCCUUCAAAUGAUGCCAUCACCGCCCUGUCCGUCUACCUCACACCUAAAACCAGUGUGAGUGGAAACUGGAUAGAAAUAGCCUAUGGGACCAGCAGUGGUGCAGUUAGAGUCAUUGUGCAGCACCCAGAGACAGUGGGAUCAGGGCCACAGCUCUUUCAGACAUUCACUGUCCACAGGAGCCCGGUGACAAAGAUUAUGCUGUCUGAGAAACAUCUGGUGUCAGUGUGUGCAGACAACAACCACGUUCGAACGUGGACAGUGACCAGGUUCAGAGGGAUGAUCUCCACCCAGCCUGGCUCCACUCCUCUGGCUUCCUUCAAAAUCUUGUCCUUGGAGGAGACAGAAAGCCACGGGAGCUAUUGCUCUGGAAACGAUAUAGGUCCGUUUGGAGAGAGAGAUGAUCAGCAGGUUUUCAUACAGAAGGUGAUCCCCAUUACCAAUAAACUGUUUGUAAGGCUGUCAUCUACAGGAAAGAGGAUCUGUGAGGUGCAGUCAGUGGAUGGCACCACCAUCUCCUGCUUCAUGGUACGGGAGUGUGAGGGCUCCAGCAGGAUGGGAUCCCGUCCUCGGCGCUAUUUAUUCACGGGGCAUGGAAACGGCAGCAUCCAAAUGUGGGACCUGACUACAGCAAUGGACACAGCCAACAAAGGAGAGGAGAGAAAGAGAGAGGAUGUAGGCGGGCCAACAGAGGAGGAGCUGCUGCAGCUGUUGGACCAGUGUGACCUGAGCACCUCCCGCUGUGCUACACCAAAUAUCAGCCCCGCCCCCUCUGUGCUGCACCACACACGCCUCAGAGAGUCCUGCUCAAGUCUGCAGUUACAGGCCCAGGAGCCGAUCCCUGAGAGCCAGCCUACUUAUGGAGCAGUGAGACCGUACAGAGAGAGCCCCCUGCUGGCCAGGGCUCGAAGAACUGAGUCCUUCAACAGCUACAGAGACUUCCAGAACUUCAGCCUGAGCCGAGGUGUCCUGGACUCACAGAGCUCCGGCCAGCCUCCUGACGCUCGCCGCUCCCUCUGUGAUUUUGGGUCGGAGGACAGCGAGAGGAGAUCCUCAGCAAUGGAGCUCUGGGCCAGUCGAACAGCAAGCUCCAGCUCUGCUACGUCUAUCGGGGGUUUGACGUCUGCUGGUGUCAGCGGGAUGAAGGCAGAGGGUGGUCAAGAGUCUCCACGACAACCACCAGACAGCCCUAUUCCUGGGGGUGACGUUAGACGAAAGGUGGUCCUCCAGUCAGAAGACGGGGAGAGUAUCGGAUCAGGGGGAGAUGGGGGGAAGGUAGAGGGAGGUGUGAAGAAGAGAGGAGUGCUAGAAGGAGGCUUUCUAAGGAAGAGGGCUCCCCCAGUGCCUCAUCUCUCCUCCCUGCCCUCUGGAUCUGAUGGAGGAGGCAGUGACUCAUCCUCAAAUGCCUCCCCUUCCCCUACCAAACUCUCCUCCUCCACUUCCCCCCGACACAGGAAGUUGGCCCCUGAGCUCUCCAAUCAGGACAGCAGCCUGUGAUGAUUCACUGUGAACCCCUACCCUCUUGUACUCAAAUCAGAGGGAUCAUCUUAUAGGGGGAGCUGAUCAGAGGAAUACUGCAGGACUUUUCAUCCACUCUAACAAAGUUUUUAAUACUUCAUAGUAUAACUGGAUCAAGGACCUUCACAUUGGGACACCACAUGGUUGAGUUUUUUUUACUCAGUUUGCUUCCUGCACUAAAAAAUCUGUGGAACUUAUGCAUGGUGUUGUACAUUUGACUUUAUAUUUUGCCAUGAAGCAUGAGCUUACAGAAUGCUAUCUCAGCUGGGGCAGGAGUGCUUUCAUUUGAAAGAUUUCUUGUUCUUUCAUACUUUAAAACAAUCUGCUGGUUAGAACUGGAGAUCAUAUUUUUAAGACUACGUCCACACUGCAGGUCUAGUUACCUAAAUUUGACUUUCUUUGCUCAGCUGUAGCUCAAUCAGAUUUUUUAUGAUCAAUACAAGUCAUACAGAAUCCAACCUUUUCAAACUGGAUUUGGGCCAUUUUAUGUAAAGCAGGUUCAACAUGAAACAGAAAGUGGAGCUUACUUCAGUGGCUUUUUUGGGUUUACAUCCAAAUACAUUGUGCUGCGUGCAGCAACCUUGUUGUUUUUUUCACAUAAAGAUUAGAUCACAACUGUGUCCUGCUUACAUGAGAAUCUGAUUCAGGCCACAUUUAAAAAUUAAUGUCAACAGACCCUCAGCAAUAAAUCCUAGUGGAGCUGCAGUGUGAACAUAGUCGUAGUUUGCUCUUGGAGUUGGUUUCAGGUCUUCUUCAUAUACAGCAGACAUAUCAUAGUUUAAGAUCAUAUCUACAGUCCUUUGCUCAGUCUGAUUUUCCCCUUGCUCUAAUGUCGAUGUCUUAACUAACAUAUAGUAAAAGUGGGAACAUGCAAAAACCCGUUAGACCACAUUUUGUUGCGGGCAUAUUGUUGCUGCAUGUUCAGUUGAAGUUGACUGCAAGGCCAACAUGUGCAAACUCAAUCAUUUACUUGUUAUUCAAAAUUAUUCUAAGGGAAAAAACAACACAGCGCAGGUGAUUAGAGUUGAGAGUUUAAACACCAUCUAAAGCAGUGGUUCUCAACUGGUCUAGCCUCAGGACCCAACUUCACCUUUUUAUUACAUUUAGAGUGUUAAUUUAAUCCAAACUCUGAGUAAUUUUAUUAUAACUCCACUUAAAUGAAUUCUGCCUUCAGUUUCAGCACAUAUUUAUUUGCUGUUGUUUUUACAGUUGUGGAAAAAUCAUCAUCACUGAAAUAUUCUGUCAACAUCUGUUUAAAACUUAAAAGCAGUUACUUUUUAUUUUGUUAGAUUUUUGUUGAUCACACUAAUCAUUGACUUUUUCAGCUCCUCAAGAAUUUGUCAGAUAUUUAGACUCCUUUGACAAAAUUCAUGAUCAUAUCAAGUGUCUGGAAAUAUGUGCAAUACAAAUUUCUACUUUAACUCACCUAAACAUGUUACUAAAGCCAGAACUUUGGCAGCUAGUUGAAUCUAAAUGCUGCAGCUAGAGACACGCUGGUAAAUGAUGAAGCUUUGACACGUAAGGCCAUCAAGCAGUCCAGUUAUAUUUCUGUUCCAGUUUGCAGUAAGUCCUGUGUUUGACAGCUUAGGAUACAAUGGAGUUUAAGAUACAAGGAAACCUCAAGUUACAACAUGAUAGCAUCAAGGAUGCCAAAUAUGAUUUCUGUUCUGCACAGGAGCUGACCAGUUGCAUUAUUACCUAACUUAAGUAGCAGGAAAGUCUCCUUUAAAAACUGGAAACUCAAAUGUUUUCCAUGGCAGAAAUUUGGACUCUUCAUAGCUGAAAAAGCUUUGAUGCAGCAGUUCCUCUACAUAUCAGAAAAAGUGUGAUCAGUCAGCAGUUCUGUACAAUAUGAUCACAUUGAACCUAGUUGGCAAAUGUCUGCUUUGGAAAAGGUCCAGCAUAACUCAGCAGUCUGAGGCAUUAUCAUAACCGUUUAGGUAAUUCUGAAACAAAUGAACCUGAAGUCUGUGGUUUGAGCAGAAAUAAUUACUUUUGUUUCUUUGAACAGGGAGAAGCAGGCCUAGAGAAACCAUUGUUAAAAUCUGUGGUUGUGCCUCAGAAAGAUUACAUAAAGGAAUACUUACAGUGCGUUUAUUUUAUUACUAUUUUUUAUUUACAGUUUACAAGGACCUACACUACAUCACUUUACUCUGAAGCUUAUUUUAAUGUAUAGUUUAGGUUUUGGAUGACUGUUGCAGUGCCUUAUUUAACUUGUGUGACAGUUAUCAGCUUGUUUUUGUGUUUUUAUCUAAAAAAGGAUUCUGACCAAAGGUGUGUGAAGGCUGAGCUCAGUGUGGAGCCACGUUAUGGACCUGUAUGCUCUGAUGAGGUUUUGACUCCAGGCCUAACUGACUUUUUACUGGUGGUUGCCUCAAUUGAUUGGCAUUACGUAGAAAUCAGACUCCUGUACAUGGUAAUAAUAGUGACUAAGUUUUAAAUUGGAACAUCGAUUAUUCCCUCCCAAACUAGGAGGAUGUUUAUCUUUAGCCUGUUCCUUUUUUGUUUGAGUUAAACCCUCUUAACUUCCUGGCAUAUGAUACUAGAAUAUGAGCAUAUAUUAAACAUGAAAAGCACCUUUGUUAUGAUGAAAUAAUGAUGGCAUUGACGACAGCUGAAAGUAAGAAGCACCAUACUUGGUUAACAGGAUGAUAUUGCUUCACUUGUGAUUCUCUGUGAGAUCUUCACUAGCUGUAAGGGAAAAGUAAUAAAGCCAGAAAUGCUCUAAAUCUACGGUACUUUUAUAACCAUUUUUUAACACAGAAAAAUAACAUUUAAAAAGACAUAUACAGAAUUAAUUUCCUUUAAACUAUAAUUUGCCAAAUGCAGCAGCCUUAUAACCUCACUUUUAGAUGUUUUAGCUCCACUGCUUUUAAUUUCAGCAUUACCAGAUGAACAGAUCUGUACAAAGAUGUACAUUCUUUCCCACAUAUUUUCUGUGUGUAAUGUAAACAUACAUAAAACAAAAUCCAAAUGAGGAUGCAUUGAUGUGUGUGAUGAUGUUGAACCUUACACUGUUGUUCAUUACAUAUUGUUGAUAAUCAUAUAUCGACUAUAUUUACAUGACCAUGCUAUCGGACCUAAUUGCAUUUGCACUUGCACUAUCAAGACUAAUAUUAAAGUAACUUGCUAGUAUUUAUUUUCUAUAAAAAUAUGAAGUUUAAAGUGUAUUCAGCACAUAACUGUUUAACUGUCCGUAUCUGUUGUUCCUCACUUUCUCUGUGGCUAUGUUUACAAUAUAUUACAGCCAGAUGUUAGUGAGCUAAUACAAAUACAUAUCUGUUUGUUUGAACUGCCCUGGGCAUCAGUGUUCUACAUAGUGUGUGUACGCUGCAUUAUGCUGUCAUAUUAUUUACGAUGCCUGUAAUAUGGAGUCAUGAUCAAAUACAGUUUUGAUUCUUCAUGUUGUUUACAUUACAGAUGUGUUCAUUAAACUCUAAAAAAACCUGACAAGAACUCUCUGAAGAGUUGAGCUGACCAUUAUGAAAUAAAUGUGUUAUCAUUCA